AGGGGGGAGGGGGAUCCGGCCGCCAUGGACGACAAGGCAUUCACCAAGGAGCUGGACCAGUGGGUCGAGCAGCUGAACGAGUGUAAACAGCUGAACGAGAAUCAAGUGCGGACGCUGUGUGAAAAGGCUAAGGAAAUUUUAACGAAAGAGUCAAAUGUUCAAGAGGUUCGCUGUCCUGUUACCGUCUGUGGAGAUGUUCAUGGUCAAUUCCAUGAUCUUAUGGAACUCUUUAGAAUUGGAGGAAAAUCACCAGAUACAAACUACCUGUUCAUGGGCGACUAUGUAGACAGAGGCUAUUAUUCGGUGGAGACUGUGACUCUUCUUGUAGCAUUAAAGGUGCGUUAUCCAGAACGCAUUACAAUAUUGAGAGGAAACCACGAAAGCCGACAAAUUACCCAAGUAUAUGGCUUCUAUGAUGAAUGCCUACGAAAGUACGGAAAUGCCAAUGUCUGGAGAUACUUCACAGAUCUGUUUGAUUAUCUCCCACUUACAGCUCUAGUAGACGGACAGAUAUUCUGCCUCCACGGUGGCCUCUCUCCAUCCAUAGACACACUGGAUCAUAUCAGAGCCCUGGACCGUUUACAGGAAGUUCCACACGAGGGCCCAAUGUGUGAUCUGUUGUGGUCAGAUCCAGAUGAUCGCGGCGGGUGGGGUAUUUCACCGCGCGGUGCUGGCUACACGUUUGGACAAGACAUUUCCGAAACAUUUAAUCAUGCCAAUGGUCUCACACUGGUUUCUCGUGCGCACCAGCUUGUGAUGGAGGGCUAUAACUGGUGCCACGAUCGGAACGUGGUCACCAUUUUCAGUGCGCCCAAUUACUGCUAUCGUUGUGGGAACCAGGCUGCCAUCAUGGAAUUGGAUGACACUCUGAAAUAUUCCUUCCUUCAGUUUGACCCAGCACCUCGUCGUGGAGAGCCUCACGUUACCCGGCGCACCCCAGACUACUUCCUAUAAGUUCCUCCCGGGAAAAAACCUGCCUUCGUAUGUGGAAGUAUGCUGGCUCUCUCACUCUCACACACACGCACACACACACAGAGUGAUCUAUGUGUAUCUGUAACACAUUGGGAAUUGGGCUCUGUCUUGGCAUUAAGCUGUAUCAUGGACCAAAACGUGCCAUGCUAAUGACGAGCACUUAGCACAAUGAGAGCGCUGAGACUGAAACUCAGCGCAGCUCUAACGGAGUCGGUCUUAACAGUCUGCCUGCUGUAUUUGUAGUGACUGCUUUCCUCUGGACUGUUAGAGCGAAAAAGACCCCUUCGUCUCCUUUGGCACUUACUUGGAAAUUGUAGUUACGGUGUUUAGCUGGCAUGGAUUAAUAGAGUUGGAAUUUUAUUUUUAAGGAAAAUUCACAAGCUGACUUUCACCUAAUCCAUUAUCCUUUAUUUUAUUGAAAUGUAUCAUUAACUGAAGAAAAGAUUCUUCUUGGAAGUAGGUAGUCAUAACAUUUAAAGAGAUUUCCCCUCAUUUAAGCUAUGUCACUGUUUUCUGUUGGUCUGAGUAUUACUGUGCAUUUGUCUGACAGUGCUUGCCUCCCUCUGGUGUACUGAGCAAAUAAACUUUUCAUGUUAAACAAAAA